CUGAGUUUCUGACUCCUUGCCUUGAGGAAAAUCAAAAUAAACAUCUCAAAACUUUCGAAACCCGGUUAGUGCAGUAGUUCUGCUUCAAAAUAAACAGAAUUAUGGAUGAGAAUGAUGGUCUCAUAGAUAUUUCUGGACCAGUGUGCAGAACUUGUCUCAAGACCAAUGCUGAUACAAAUUUAUUUGAUCAACAUAAACCAACAUCAUCAGAAUAUGCAUCUAUUUUAGAGUCAUGUAUCUCAAUUCAGGUCUCCAAAGGGGAUGGACUGCCAACUAGGAUAUGCAGGAUUUGCUUAAGAAAACUACUCAACUUCCACAGCUUCAAAAUUGCUGUCAUAGAAAAUGAUUUCCUGCUCAGAAAAUCAGUGAAGAUUGAUACCACAGAAGUGGGAAUUCCUGAUGAACAAAUUACUACAGAAAACUCAGAAGUUUUUGAUAAUAUUGAGAUAGAUCAACAUCAGGAGUGUGAACCAUCUGAAAAUGUUGAAACAGAGAUGGGCCCAAAUGUUUCUAUCCACCUUGGCCCUGAUGAUCUAACAUUUGUCACAGAUUCUGAUAACUCCUCAGCUGAAGAUGAAAAAACCUCAAUGAAAGAUGAGACUGAGGAUGAGACAGAUAUAUCUGAAAAAAACAAAAAAGUCCAGUGUGAUGUUUGUGGAAAAACUAUGAAUAACAAGAGUAAAUUGGCAAUCCAUUAUAAAACUCAUACAGGAGAGAAACAAUAUUCUUGUGAUGUUUGCAAUAAGAAAUUCUCCAAGGCAGAACAUGUAUUGAUCCACAAAAGAAUACAUACAGGUGAACGUCCACACAAAUGUUUGAUCUGCAAAAAACGAUUCAUACAGUAUGCUUCCUUGAAAACUCACCUUAAAUCACACACAAAUGAAAGGUCUCAUAUUUGCACCAUUUGUGGUAAGACUUUUGGCCAGUCUGGAACUUUGGGAACUCAUAUGAGAAUCCAUACAGAUGAGAGGCCAUUUGUGUGUCAGAUAUGUGGAAAGACAUUUAGAAAUGGAGGAAAUCUGAUAACUCAUGUCAGAUUCCACAAAAACGAGCGCUUGUACGGCUGUGACCAGUGCGACAGGCGCUUCAUCACCUCCUCGCACCUCAACAUCCAUGCGCGGCAGCACUCGGGCGAACGGCCCUUUAAGUGCGUGGUAUGCGCCAAGACGUUCAUGCGCAGCGAGCAUCUCAAGGGCCACCUGGUCAUCCACAGCGGCCUCAAGCCCUACCAGUGCGACCUGUGUCCGCGCCGGUACCGACAGAAGAGCCAUCUAAGAAGGCACGUAAAAAGUGCGCACGAAAAGACAGAAUAACUAUAAAUAUUGAUCAUGACAAUUUAUAAUAUAUUUAGGUAGAUAUAGAAAAUUGAAUUGAGUCGUUA